AGCGGGCGACUUUUUUCAUUUCAGAUUAAAUUCAUUUUCAUAUGUAUGUACAAUAGUUUUAGAAAGUACACCUUGACUCCAGUAGUCUGUUCCGUUCGCUACGAAAAUAAUACAUUGUUUUGUCUCUUUAAACACACGCCCAUAGCCUCCCUAGCUUUCGAUUUCGACCUGAUUUGGACUGGUAUGUUUGUCACUUCCUCAUAUUCCUCCACGUAAUGUUUUCCUCAGCCACACGUUAACGAGCCGCCUGAAUUUUUUCCCCGAAUCCACUGAGACGAUCACAAUGAGUUUAACAGAAGCCACACUUCAGAUGGGAAUCUGGCCUGGCUUCAGUACCACAUGAAGUGCUUUAAUGAAUGUGAGAGUUACCUGGAGAAGCUUAGAAGUAUUGCACAGAAUUUCCCCGAGUCUGCUUUGGGUCAUCAUCCUGAAGUGCUUGGAGAAAAGGCCUGGGCCUUCUUCAAGUUCUCUCGCAAGUACUACAACCAGGCUAAAGAGUGCUUUGAGAAGGCUUUGGAGCUAGAGCCCAUGAAUGCUGAGUGGAAUUGUGGUUAUGCCUUUGUUCUCCACAGACUAGAAACAAAGUCCUCCGGUGUAACCGACUCUCCAACAGUUAAACAACUGCGGCGGGCCUUAGACACAAAUUCGGAAAAUGAUGAGCUUAAAGCCAUCCUAGCAGUCAAGCUUGCUCAGACCACGGAGUACGAUGAAGGGGAGAGAUUAAUGGAAGAAGCUCUGGAGGGUUCUCCAAAUGCUCCUAAUGUCAUUCGAUAUGUGGGUAAAUUUUUGAGGACCUAUGGUGAUGUAGAGAGGUCCAUCGCCCUUCUAAAAAGAGCUUUAGAGAAGUCACCCGCAUCUGCUUUCAUACACCAUCAGCUGGCUCUCUGCUACAAGAGAAAAACAACUUCUUUGCAACGUGAAGGAAGUCAAAACUCUCAUAGUUCUGGUGCUGAGAUUCAGAGGCUUCGCAGUCAGUGCAUUUAUCAUUUAGACAAGGCGACAGAACUGAAACCUGGCUUUAUUAUAGCUAUGACUGAGCUGGCAAUUCAGUACAGCGAGGAUGGGAAACUUGAUCGUGCGGAAGAGAUGUUUCAGCAAACUCUCCAGACAGCUGAAGAGAAAAAUGAAGGCCAACAACAAGUGUAUCUGAGUUAUGCACAGUUUCUGCAGUACAGAAGGAGAGACCUACCCGAAGCCAUCACUUAUUACAUGGAAUGUCUGAAGAUAGACGAAGACACAAUAAAUGGGCAGAAAAGUGCUAAACAUCUGAACAAGAUUAAUGAUAGACGUUCAUCUAAAAGCCCUGGGAGUGGAAGAGCUCAGAGGACCUUUGUAAGGAAAGAGGAGAGAAAUGCAGGGCCGUAGAGAGAUGAGAAAAUUCUGCAAAAUAUUCACAAACAUUUUUGAAUAUCUUAAUAUUUUGUGUAUGCUGAGGCUGUCUUUAUAACAGUGUAAUUUCAGAGUUCAACAAAAAAAAAUGAAAGGCAACACUAAUUUUUCUUUUUAACAGACACAGUCAGAUGGGCAGUAUUAAACAUGUACACUUUAUUACUUUAACAGAAAUAAAUGUUCAUUCAAGAUAACAGCAUUGGAUCAGUACAGAAGAUUUGUUUCACUGGGCUAAGCUUUUAUUAAUCAUAAUUUAGUUUGAAACAGGUUUAUUGUAAAAGACUUUGUAACUCUUUAUUCUCUCAUAAAAUAAAGAUGAUAUGUAAAACUAG